AUGGCGGAGAGAGUGUUGGAAUCAGGUAAGGCAGGGUCUACGGGAACUAAUGGUGGGGAAUCGGAGAAAUCUCUAAAGGAUAAAGGCAACGAGUUCUUCAAAGCUGGGAACUAUCUUAAAGCUGCAGCUCUCUAUACUCAAGCCAUCAAGCUCGAUCCUUCUAACGCUACUCUUUACAGUAACCGAGCUGCUGCAUUUUUGAGUCUAGUUAAGCUUAGCAAAGCUUUAGCUGAUGCAGAGACAACCAUCAAACUGAAUCCUCAAUGGGAGAAGGGGUACUUCAGGAAAGGUUCUGUGCUCGAAGCCAUGGAAAAAUACGAAGAUGCCUUGGCUGCAUUUGAAACGGCUCUACAGUACAAUCCACAGAGCGCAGAAGUUUCUAGAAAGAUCAAGAGGCUCGUUCAGUUGCAGCAGGAGAAACAGAGAGCUCAAGAACUCGAGAAUUUGAGAACUAAUGUCAACAUGGCCAAGCAUCUUGAAAGCUUUAAAUCUGAAUUGUCUGCAAACUAUGGAACUGAAGAGUGUUGGAAAGAGAUGUUUUCUUUUCUUGUUGAGACUAUGGAAACAGCUGUGAAGUCGUGGCACGAGGCAUCUAAAGUCGAUACACGAGUCUAUUUCCUUCUCGACAAAGAGAAAACACAAACCGAUAAGUAUGCACCAGCAGUCAACAUCAAUAAGGCUUUUGAGUCACCGCACACACACAGUAACUGCUUUUCAUAUCUGAGGCAAUACGCAGAAGAGUCGUUUUCCAAAGCUGCUUGCUUGGUAACGUCAAAGAGUAGUAUAUCUUACCCACAGGUGUGGAAAGGUCAAGGCUCAAGGAAGUGGAAACUCGGACAAAACGAUGGAAUCUUUGUUCAGUUUGAAUCUCCUUCUAUUCGAAAUGUUUGGUUCAUUCCUAGCUCGAAGGAAAAGGGGCAAUCUUUAUGCAGGGAUCCGCAAGCUCUGGAUAUCGGCGCACAUGAGAUUCUCCCUCGCAUAUUCAAGGAAAUAUCGAAGAGCUUGUAG